AUGGCAAUGAAGAGUCUCUCCAUUCUUGCAGUUCUAUCUCUUUUGGCUUUAACACUUCCAUUAGUCAUUUCCUCUGACCCAAGCCCCGUUCAAGACUUUUGUGUUGGCGUCAACACCCCAGCAAAUGGUGGUUUUGUCUCAUCAAACGGAGAUGGAAAUCGCCUCUUCACCAAAACACUGAGCAAAGGUGAUGCAUUUGUGUUUCCAGAAGGACUCAUCCAUUUCCAGUUUAACGUGGGACGGUCUCCAGCGGUUGCAUUCGCUGCUUUGAGCAGCCAAAACCCAGGUGUUGUCACUAUUGCCAACACCGUGUUUGGCUCUAACCCACCUAUAAACCCUAAUGUUCUUUCUAGGGCUUUCCAGCUGGAUCCUAGGGUUGUCAUGGAUCUACAGAACAAGUUCUGA